CUAUGAAAUAAGAUGCUGUCUUUUAAGUGUUUUUUUUAACCUUUAUUUAACUAGGCAAGUCAGUUAAGAACAAAUUCUUAUUUUCAAUGACGGCCUAGGAACAGUGGGUUAACUGCCUGUUCAGGGGCAGAACGACACCUUUUCAGCUCAGGGAUUUGAACUUGCAACCCUCCGGUUACUAGUCCAAAGCUCUAACCACUAGGCUACCCUGCCGCCCCAGGGCAGCCUACUGUCCAUGUCAGACUAAGAACUCUGACUGGACGUUUCUGUGAUGAUUGUUUCAGCAGUGCCCCAGGCUAGCUGUCGAGACUGUGAACUGGAGGAGGCCUCGUCUGCCAAGGACGUGCUGGAAACUUUCUGUAGGAGUGACUUUGUGGUGAAAUUGCGUCUCACGCAGCUAAAAUCCAGUCAGGUGAGUUUGGCCCAGUUCUCCCUGGCCUCUCGUCUGCAGGUUCUGAAGCACGGCCCUCUCCUGGGAGGACAGAUCCGCUCCCGCCUGCAGCUGUGGCUGGAGAGAGACGCCAGCUGUGUACGGAACAUGACGCGGCGUCAGCCCCAAGGCGGGACCUUCCUGGUGACGGGCACGGUGCAGGGGGAAUGGCUGGUGGUCAACAAGGCCUUUGCCUGGAACAAACACGCCAGGAACCUGAUGGCUGCUGCCCGCAAGUGGAAACAGCACCGAUGUAGAGGCUAGCAGGGGCUCUGGCUAGGAGCUAAACUUGAGGUCUGAAAUGGAUCUGAGCAGAGCUAUAGGCCUAGGUGUACAGAGUCAGGGAUGUGAUUAAAACACCAUAUGACAUCAGCAGAGAGAGAGGAGGUUGUUUGGGGGAGGGUACAUCUCUAUGAUAGACUUCCUGGAUUUGAAUCACAUCCUUGGAUAGCUGGAUGUUUCAGAGAGCACCAUCCUGAGCUCAGGAGAGGACGCUGCAAAGGACAAUACCUUCUGUGUUUCCUGCAAAUGUACAUAUCUAUAAAUUAUAAGUAAAUAUCACUGAUCUAUAUUUGUAAGAGGUUGACUGGAAUUAAAUUAGUGUUUUCAAA